AAUCAGGAAGAUGAAGAUAUAGACAGGUAUUUAUCAAACUAUCAAUUGUUUGUGAAUUAUGUUUAUUAGAAGCACGCAACAAUUUGUAAUAUUAUUGUACUUUUUCCAUAAGUCCGCAUAAUAAGGAAAAUGAUGGAGACAAGAUGAAAGUCAGUCAAUUAAAUGACACUAAAGAUGCAACUGGUUAAAAGGGUCAUUAAUUUGGACUCCAGAAAAGGCAAGGUGAAGAUAUUUUUGGAUGACCCUGUCUUUAUUUUGUUUUGUCAUCGCGAUUGUUUAAUUAUGACAUGUGGAAGUGUAGAUAUAAGUGGGUAAAACAAGAGUGGGCUAGUUAAGGUGAAUUAAUGGGAUCGAGAUGAGGACAUUUUGGACGUCAUCAAAAUAAUAUUAAUGAAAUAGAUGCAGGCUGUCCAUUCAAUCGCUACAUUGUACAAACAAUUGACCAUAUUUGUUUAUUAGACUCCUAAGAGCGAUUUGAUCAACAUCUUUUCUCUAGUAUUAAAUAUUUUUACACAAUAUAUAUAUUGGUCAGUUAUAUCACAGCCAACAGUGUGUAUCUACCUUUAAUCAUGAUUAGUCAAGUUAAAAUUACAACUUUAGGAAUUAUCUUAGUGUCCAUUAUCCAAAUUUGGCUUCCAAAUGUAGCAGGUCAUAAGAUACAUUUAUCAGAUGGUACACUUAAAUUAAUCAUUCGUAGUUAUGUAAACGAUUUACUUACAAAAUAUCAGCCAGAUCCAAAUCUGCGAUCCCAUCUUCAUAAAAUGAGCUCUCAUGUUGUUAAUCACCCUGCAUUGUAUCAAAAACGUUUGUAUAUUGGAUCUGAGCCUCCAACACAUGAUCCAGAAAUUGAAGAUGAUCAAUCAUCAAUGAUGGUGAUGAAACGAAAAGUACCUAAAGAAGAAACCCCAACCGAACAGUUUCCAUCUGAAGAAAUAUGUCCGACUAAUAGACAAUGGGAACAAAUCAACAAGACUCAUGAUUUAUACGAUAAUGAAGUUGAAGUUAUUCAAGAAGAAGGAAUGACUCAAUUUAUUUAUACAUAUCGAUGUUCAUCUAAUAAAGCCUCAUCGUGUGUUGGUAUUUCGCCAUUGUACAAUAGCGAAUGUACAGAGCGUAAUGGAUGGGUUUACAUGUUGCACAAGAAGCCUGGUGAUGAAGCACCUCAAUGGGGUUAUGUUGCCGCUCCACAUCAUUGUGCUUGUAAAAUACAACCCAAACUGGAAGUAACUGUACCAUCAAGUGAACGUUGAAGUCUUUAAUCAUUGAAUCAAUUGUUCCAAUCCAGUCUUCCUUGGAUUCAUCAUCAUUCUCAAAUAUAUUUGAUUCAAUUCAAAUUUGUGUUUCUGUUUCCAAUAUUGCAAAAAUUUCACGCAAAAAAGUUUCUUUUCAAUCAUCAUUCAAAUUGGUUAUAAAAUAUGAUUUAAAUCAAUUUAAACCAAACUAUCAUCAACUAAACCAAGCAUCAUCCGAACCAGAGUUACAGGUUCAAAAACAUUGAAUUAUCUGUCUAUUAAGAAGGCAAUAGCCAAGUAUUACAAAUCGGAAUAUAAUUCUUAUUGUAAUCCAAACAUUAAAAUCUGCAUAAAGAAAUUAAAAAUCAAGUCCGACUC